AUGGUGAUAAAAAGGACGAAAAACGGAACAAAAAAAGGCGAAAAAGGCAACAUUAAAGGCGAAAAAGGCGACAAGAAGAGGCGAAAGAGGCGACCAGAAAAGGCGAAAGAGGCGACAAGAGAGGGCGAAAGAGGCGACAAGAAAAGGCGAAAGAGGCGACAAGAGAAGGCGAAAGAAGCGACAAGAGAAGGCGAAAGAGGCGACAAGAAAGGACGAAAGAGGCGACAAGAAAGGGCGAAAAGGGCGACAAGAAAAUGCGAAAAGGGCGACAAGAAAAUGCGCAAACGGUGUCCGGAAAAUGCAAAAAAGGCGACAAAAACAAGAAAAGGUGACAAGGACGAAAAAGGCGAAAGAGGCGACAAGAAAAAGCGAAAGAGGCUACAAGAAAAGGCAAAACAGGCAACAAGAAAGGGCGAAAAAGGCGACAAGAGAAGUAGAAAGAGGCGACAAGAAAAGGCGAAAGAAGCGACAAGAAAAUGUGAAAACUGUGUCGGGAAAAUGCAAAAGGCGACAAAAACAAGGCAAAAGUGGCAACAAGAAAGGGCGAAAGAGGCUACAAGAGAAGGCGAGAGGCGACAAGAAAAGGCGAGAGAGGCGACAAAAAAACGCGACAAGAAAAUGCGACAACGGUGUCUGGAAAAUGCAAAACGGCGACAAAACAAGGUGAAAAAGAUGAAAAAAAAAACAGGGCGAAAAAGGCGGCGACACAGAGGCGAAAUAGGCGACAUUAAAGGCGAAAAAGGCGAGAAUCGAGGUGAAAGAGGCGACAAACAAGGCAAAAGAGGUGACAAGCAGGCGAAAGCGAAAAAGGCGAGAAUCGACGCGAAAAAGGCGAGAAUCGAGGCGAAAAAGGCGAGAAUUGAGGCGACAGAUGCAAGGGUCGAGGCGAAAGAGGCGACAAACAAGGCGAAAGAGGUGACGGUCAAAACGAAAAAGGCGACAAGAAAAGGCGAAAGAGUCGACAUUAAGGCGAAAAAGGCGACAUUAGAGACAAAAAAGGCGACAUUAAAAGCGAAAAAGGCAAGAAUCGAGGUGAAAGAAGCAAGAGCCGAGGCGAAAGAGGCGACAAACAAGGAAAAAGAGGUGACAAGAAAAGGUGAAAAAGAAAAAAAUGAAAAUGAUGACAAGAAAAAGUCGAAUGAGGCGAUAAAAAAGGUAAAACGAAAAGGUAAAAAAGGCGUCAAUUAAAGCGAAAAAAGGCGACUAUCAAGGCAAAAAAGGAUACAAUGAAGGCGAACAGAAAAGGUAAAAAAGCGAAAAAGGUGACGAGAAAAAGGGAAAAAUCCCAUAAGAAAAGGCAGAAAAGGCCGCAAGAAAAAACAAAAAAGGGUGGCAAAAAGGGAGAAUCAAAAAACGCGAUUUAA